AGAAUAUGAUGAUAAGAUUAAAGAGGAGAGAGGUUUUAGAGGAAUUUGAGAAUAAGAAAACAAUUCUAUGGAGAACAACAAGAAAAAAAUAGAUUUUAAAUGAGUAUAUAAUUUUAUAAAUGAAUGGCACUGAUAUAAUAUUUUCAGCCUUAAGUUCAUAACCUGAGAAUCUUCAGAUAGAAUUAUAGGCAGAACAACAAAAUGAAUAUGAAAAGGAAUAUUUGGAAGCGGAUUUGGUUUCAAGAAUACGGACAAGAAAUCCAAGCACCAACAAUUUCACAAUAAAAUCAACAACAAAUAUAGACACUCGCAGAAAUUGUGAGGUAAUUGUUUACACAUUAAGAAGCCAUUAAUCAAUUAGGAUGAGGAUAUUAAAAGGAAUACUUACAAAAAGACAGGCACUAAUUUUAUGAAAUAUUUUUAUCUGAAACGAUUCAUCUAACGUAUUCGGAACAAUAGAACUAAGUUAUCAAAUGUCAAUGAAAAUCACAUCAAAUUAAUAAACGAUAAUUCAAGUGAUAGGUAUCAUCAAUAUUAUUUAGUUAAGUGAUGAUUUAGAUUCUUAAAUUAAAUAAUCAUUAGCAUUUUCAAAUACGCAAUGUCACCAAAUUAUUUCGUGAUAGCACUCUGUCAUCGCAUGAACAUCCAUUCAUCAUUUGGAUUAGAGAAAAAUAUUAAUAAAGCAGAAAGUCUAUAUAUGAGAUUCUAUCUAAAAUCCCAUAAGUGCAUCCUGAAUCCUUUAAAAAGAUCAUUUGGGACUACUGGACUAUUGUUUUUAGGUUGCUUUUAUUAAUAUUAAUUCCAUUAGAAAUUGCAUAUAACCCUCAAAUUUUAUUUGAGAAAUUGCUGGGUCUCACUUAUACUAUUAUCAUCAUAUUAAUAAUUGAUAAUAUAUUGAGAUUGAAUACUAUUUGUUACUUGAGUGGAUAGGCAGUAUAUGAUAGAUGGAAAAUUAUCUAAGUGAAUUUAAAUCUAUAGACAAUUUCAGACUUCGCAUUAAUAUUUUUAUUAAUCUACUUUAGCAAAAAUGAAGGAAAUUAAUUUAAAUACUUGGUGCUACUAAUAUCUCUGACUCAACACUAUCAAAUUAACUAAACCUUAUAAAAAAGUGAAGAAUCCCAAUACUUCACCAAAAAGCAAAAAGCAUUCAUCAAUUUAUUUAAAUUGAUAAUCUAUUUGAUUUAUGUUCUCCAUUUAUUUUCCUGUAUAUGGUUUUUCAAUAGUUCAUUAAACUAAGGGAAUUCCUGGAUCAUCUUAAAAGAAUUGGAUCAUUAAUAGUGGCAACUCUAAUAUUUGGAAGCAUUCUACUUUGCUAUAGUCACUAUGCUCACUAUUGGGUAUGGUGAUAAUGUACCAAAAACGUGGAAUGAAAAAAUCGUUGCAAUAUUCUUCAUCUUAAGUGCCUGCUUAUGGUUUUCGUACAGUAUUAAUGCCAUUGGCACAAUAAUAAAAGAAAUCAACUUACAUUUUAUGGAAAGAAGCAGAAAGAUUAGAGUCAUCAACAGAUAUAUGCAUCAAAGAAAUAUCCCAUUUUCUUUGCAGUAUAGAAUCAGAGAAUACUUGACCUUUAGAUGGAAGGAGGAAGCAGAAAUUGAUUUGUAAUAGGAAGAAACCCUAUUGAAUGAAUUAUCUGAAGAGUUGAAACAGGAUCUCAAAAAGUAAGCCAAUAAUGUAUUUUUCAAACAUUGCGAUUUUCUUUUUAAAAACUUCAGUUUGGAACUACAGAAUUCUCUUUCACCUUUUAUAAAAAGAAAAAUAAUUUAGCCUUAGAAUACAUUCUCCAUUUACACUUUAAGUGAGGUGUAUUAACCUCAUUUGUGUUUUGUAGAAUAAGGCUAAUUGCAAUAUCAAAAUAUACUCAAUGUGUCCUUGAAAACUGUAUAGAAUCAAGGUUAGUUCUUGGAAGUAUCGGAAUUCAUUGAAGAAAAUGAUAAUGCAUAAACCUUUAAAGCAAUAGGAUAUGUGAGUUUACUUGUAUUGAGCAAGGUAUUUAAUAUUCUUAGAUUUCUAGUCAGAUUUCAUGUCAGUUAUACGCUAAUAUCCCAAAGAUUAUUAAAAGUAUUGUAAUUUAAAAGAUUAAUUUGUACUCCAAGUAAAUCCUAAACAUUUACUAUUUGGAUAAUAUUGUGCAGCUUGCAAUAUCAACACUCAUGGAUUAAAAGAGUGUCCAAAUUUAUCUCUCAGUAUUGACAGAGAAUUGAUUGUCAAGAGAUAUCAAUAUUCAUACGAUCAACAAAGGAAAUAUAAGAGGAGAUCUAAAAAGAGAGGAAAGACAUCUUUUUCGACUAGAUGUGAUAGAGAAAUCAUAGAAUAAUUCGCAAUAUAUUUUUAAAAUGAGCAACCUAAAUUAGUUUAGAAUUAGUUAUCAAAAUAAUUGACACAAGAACAAGAUUUCGAUGAUGGCAAAUCUGAUAUAAAUGAUUAAUCUCCAAUAAAUAAAACAUUUCAUUUUAAAAGAUAGGAAUCUAUACAAUUGCCAAGGUGCUCUUUGUAAAGUGGAGAAGCAAUAUCGAUUUAGAAGUAAAUAAAUAUUAAUGAUUCUAUUGUUUCGAGUGAAAAUACUUCAAUAUAGAAUUUAAAAUUGUCUACCAGAUAAUAAUGCAUGCUUACUACUAAUAAAUUUAUGACUGCUAAAUUAUCAAAAUACAAAAAGAUGUGUUCUCAAUAAAAUCAAAGAAUUCCUUUGAUUGAUACUGAUGAAUCAUUGAAGAUUGAUAUGUAGGAUUGUAUUUAUUAAAAUAUAGAAUUAUUGUACAAUAAGAUUUUCAACGAAGAAGCAAUAAUUCCUGUGGAUAGAUCGAUAUACGAUUUACAAAUUUUGUACUUUUCACUUAAAGCGCAAUAAGGUAUAGAGCAAUUUGAGGUUGUCAAAAACUUCAGCUCUUAUAUGGUCAAUCAUAACAUCGAGAAUAUUAUAUUAUAAAUAGAGUAGAAAUAUCAUACCUUGCUGUUGAAGCCCAUCACUUAGCUAAUACGAUUUAUGUAUUAUCCAUAUGAAUUCAUAAUGAAAUUUUAAAAAAUAAAGACACAGAGAUUGAAAUUGCUCAAUUUUUACAAGAAAAGAUCCUUUAAGAACUUGAAAUAGAAGCCAUCGAAAAUAAAUGAUUUAGUAAGAAAAUGGGAGACCCCCAGAAAAUCUUAUCGUUUUAGUGUUAUAAUUCCGAAUGAUGAGUGA